CCAACUUCCUUAGCGCCGCCGCAAAGCCUGCUGGGUAGCCUCACAACGUCCUUGUCCUCAGCGCACACCGACUGCCUGUUCACGCCGGGGUUUGGGAGUCCGUCUUUCACUAGUACUUGAGCCCAUUAAAACUUUCAGACAUGCUGGCAGCCAGACUUUUCCGCCGGGCUCUCCCUGUGCUGAGGCAGGCUCGCUCUUAUGCCGACGCCGCCUCCGGUGCCCCGCAAAUGUCCUUCACUUUUGCCUCUCCGACGCAGGUGUUCUUCAGAGAGGCCAGUGUGAAGCAGGUGGAUGUGCCAACGCUGACUGGUGUGUUCGGUAUCCUUCCUGCCCACGUGCCCACCCUGCAGGUGCUCAGGCCCGGCGUUGUCACAGUCUUUAAUGAUGAUGGCUCCUCUGCUAAAUACUUUGUGAGCAGUGGGUCAGUAACAGUCAAUGCUGAUUCUUCAGUACAGCUGCUGGCUGAGGAGGCCGUUCCCCUAGAUCAGCUGGACGUUACAGCAGCCAGGGCCAACCUGGAGAAGGCCCAGUCUGAGUUGGUCGGUACAGCCGACGAGGCAGUGAGGGCAGAAGUUCAGAUCAGCAUAGAGGCCAACGAGGCCAUCGUCAAGGCUCUGGAGUAACCCUUUGGUCAUUUGUUCUGUUGCUUUGAAGAAAAUCGACUGUCCCCAGCUCAGGCAUGUUGGUGUCCAGCUGUUUCCAUUCUUUCUUUGUACAGUGGAUAAACUUAUCAAUAAAUUUAUUUGGAAUUA